CGGAGAAAAGAAACGGGGAGGGGGAGGUCUUGAGAAAUCGUUUCGUUGUCGCCAGGGGGACUUUCGCCAUGAGGCAAAAAAAGAAAGGAGAUUUCAGCCGAGCAGAACUUAUGAUGAUGACUAUAGCUGAUGUCAUCAAACAACUCAUUGAUGCCCAUGAUGAGGGCAAAGAUGUGAACUUAAACAAGAUUAAAACAAGGACGGCUGCCAAGUAUGGCCUUUCAGCACAGCCACGCCUGGUUGACAUUAUUGCUGCUGUUCCCCCUCAGUACCGCAAAGUGCUGGUUCCUAAGUUGAAAGCAAAACCCAUUCGAACUGCUAGUGGGAUUGCUGUUGUGGCAGUAAUGUGCAAACCACACAGAUGUCCACAUAUUAAUUUCACAGGAAAUAUAUGUGUAUACUGUCCUGGAGGGCCUGAUUCAGACUUUGAAUAUUCAACACAAUCUUACACUGGAUAUGAGCCAACAUCUAUGAGAGCCAUACGUGCCAGAUAUGAUCCUUAUCUCCAGACCAGACACCGAGUUGAACAACUGAAGCAGCUGGGCCACAGCAUUGACAAAGUGGAAUUCAUUGUGAUGGGUGGAACAUUCAUGGCUCUUCCAGAAGAAUACAGAGAUUACUUUAUCCGUAAUUUGCAUGAUGCCUUAUCAGGCCAUACGUCUAACAAUGUAGCAGAAGCAGUCAAAUACUCUGAGCGAAGCCUUACAAAGUGCAUUGGGAUUACUAUAGAGACCAGGCCAGAUUAUUGCCUAAAACGGCAUUUGAGUGAUAUGUUGUCCUAUGGAUGCACAAGGCUGGAAAUUGGAGUACAAAGCAUUUAUGAAGAUGUGGCCAGAGAUACUAACAGGGGCCAUACAGUAAAGGCUGUGUGUGAAUCAUUCCACUUAGCCAAAGAUGCUGGAUUCAAGGUGGUAGCGCAUAUGAUGCCAGAUCUUCCCAACAUGGGACUUGAGAGAGACAUCAACCAGUUUGUGGAGUUUUUUGAGAAUCCUGCCUUUCGGCCAGAUGGCAUGAAGCUAUAUCCAACUCUUGUGAUCCGUGGCACUGGCCUCUAUGAACUCUGGAAAACUGGGAGGUACAAAAGUUAUCCUCCAAGCACCCUUGUGGAUUUGGUGGCAAGGAUUCUUGCCCUCGUGCCUCCCUGGACUCGAGUGUACCGAGUACAAAGGGAUAUCCCAAUGCCCUUAGUCACUUCUGGAGUGGAACAUGGUAACUUGAGAGAACUGGCUUUGGCUAGGAUGAAGGAUUUAGGAACAGAGGCAGCCUGA